UUGUGUAGGACGACGUGGGAAGAGGUGAUUCUGACGUAUUGCGAGACAAUAAUGGUAAGAUGCACCAGAUGGCCUCCACAUACCCCUUACACCUCUCAUUUCGUUUAUCGACUAUCCCCAUUACCCAAACGUCAUCCAAAGUCGACAACACCAAUGACGUAACCCAGCACACGUCUAUAUAGCGUGGGCCGAGACGGGAUCACCAAUUGACAAUAAUACGAUUAUCGCAUUGAAACAUACAAACCACCCACGACAUUUGACUUAAAAUGGGAGUUCCAAAAUUCGACACGCCUCGCCGGGCAAAAAUCAGAGGAACGGUAGAAUUCUUCGAAGCCCACGGGGACCUUGUCGACAAGAAGAUAACAAAGCGGGAUAUCUUCCGGUACUUCGGCGUUCAUCAUGCUACCGGCCACAGCAUACUUCGAGGGAGAAAUCCUAAAAGGCGGUGCCUGGGUCUCGAUAGCGAGUCAAAUGAGACGUUAUGGGGAUGUUCGGAUCCCGAUGCGAGGACAAUAGAGAACGACCCUCGCUACGACAAGGAGCGCCUCAAGACCCAGUACUGGCACACCUUAGCUGCGCCGGAAUACGACACCAGCGAGACUCGGGACGUCGAGAUCUUUGGGACGCGCUUUUGGCGCGAGGAACUCUGGGGAAACGCCCAGCGGCGGUUCGCAUGGCUGGACCUCGCCAUACCCGCCGAACUGAACAUGCACUUUUCUCCAAAGAGUAGGAUAAAUAAAAGGCCAUGCAGAAAAUAUUCAAUACUUACACCUGUACCCUAGACCAAUCUGAGAAUCUCCAAUCACGAGUCCCGCCUGAGAAACCCCACCCAUCACCACGAAUCAGAAGCUCGACUCAAUCCUUAAGUGAAAGAAAUGUGCACCAAUCGGCAAACCGCGCA